AUGUCGGCGUGUGAAUCCCAGAAAUCAGAAACAGCAAAAGAUAAUAUAUCUACAAAUUCUAUCGAUGAAGGAUUGCCUAGAGAGCUAAGUCAAUUAAGUCUUUCGAGUGCAUCAAGUCAAGACGAAUUUUAUUGUGAUAAAGGACAUUCCGAAACUGCUUUAAAAAAUAUCUACGGGUAUUAUCAAUCGCAAAAACUUUGUGAUGUAGUGCUAAUCGCAAGUGGCUGUCGAAUUCCAGCACACAAAGUAGUGUUAUCAUCAUGCAGUGAGUACUUUGCAGCAAUGUUCACAGGCUCUCUGAGAGAAGCUCAAUUAAAUGAAAUAACCCUUGAGAGAGUUGAUUCACAAGCGCUACAAGCACUGGUGCAUUAUUGCUACACGGGCACAAUAGGAAUAGCUUUAUUUGCUGAGCAACAGUCCUGUCUCACAUUACAUAAAAAUGCUUUGGAAUAUACAUAUCAACAUUUUAUGCAGGUAGUUAAGCAUCAAGAAUUUUUAACCCUUCAAGCAGAUCAAUUGGCAAGCUUAUUGAAAUCUGAUGAUCUUAACGUAGUCUCCGAAGAGAAUGUUUUUGAAAGUCUUAUGACAUGGGUUCAACAUGACAAUGUCAAUCGUGAAAACAACUUACCAACAUUAUUGAAGCUGAUUAAAUUGCCUCUUCUUUCAUCAGAGUAUCUUAUUGACAAAGUCGAAUUGGCAUGUGGAAAUGUACAAGAAUGUCAGCCAUUGAUAAUGGAGGCUGUUAAAUGGCAUCUUCUUCCAGAGCGCCGCUCCCUUCUUUUCUCACAUAGAACAAGACCAAGAACAUCAACAAUUGGACGUCUUCUUGCUAUAGGAGGCAUGGAUGGUUAUAAAGGUGCAAGCAAUAUGGAAAUGUACGAUCCGCGGACUAAUUCUUGGACACCAUUUAUGCGAAUGGGCGCGAGAAGAUUACAAUUUGGUGUUGCUGUGAUGCAAAAUAAGCUUAUAGUAGUUGGUGGAAGAGAUGGUCUGAAAACACUAAACACGGUGGAGUGCUUCGAUUUGAACACGCUGAGCUGGAGCACCCUAGCGCCGAUGAACACGCACCGGCACGGCCUAGGAGUGGCUCUACUCGGUGACGGCCCAAACUCGCCGAUCUACGCGGUCGGCGGUCACGACGGUUGGAUCUAUUUGAACUCGGUCGAACGUUGGGACGCAUGCUCGCGUACGUGGACGACUGUAGCGCCGAUGGCGGGCGCGCGUAGCACCUGCGGCGUAGCGGCACUACGCGGACGGCUGUACGCGGCGGGCGGCCGCGACGGCGGGGCAUGUCUACGCUCCGUCGAGUGCUACGAUCCCGCCACCAACCACUGGACCAACUGCGCUCCGAUGACGCGACGCCGCUGCGGCCUCAGCGUGUGCGCCGCCGGCGGCUACCUGUACGCGCUGGGCGGGCACGAGGCGCCCGCCAACACGGUGGGCGGGCGGCUCGCGUGCGUCGAGCGCUACGACCCGACCGCCGACAGCUGGGUGCUGCUGGCCAGGCUCUCGUACGCGCGCGACGCCAUCGGCUCGUGCCUGCUGGGCGACCGCAUCGUCGCCGUGGGCGGCUACGACGGUGUUCAGUACUUGAACGUCGUCGAGGUGUACGACUCGGAAUCGAACACGUGGCGCAAGUUGGCCCCGCUGACCACUGGGCGAGCGGGCGCUGCCGUCGUGGCGGUGCCGCCGCCGAGGAACCUCUUC